AUGGCUACCGCAAGACUAAACGCUGUUCUAGCGCAGCUCAAGCCUGCUACUGGUGGAAGCAGUGCUGUCCAGAAGAUUACCCAGAAGAAUCCCGAUGAUAUCGUCAUUACUCUUGCGGCACGAACCCCCAUGGCUCGAGGUUUCAAGGGAAGCUUCAAGGAUACCGAGCUCGAUUAUAUUGUGUACUCUCUUUUAAAGGAAGUUGUCUCUCGCUCCAAGCUUGAUCCAAGUAUCAUUGAGGACGUUGUCAUGGGAUGCUCGAACAACGAGCGCGCAUCUAGCAUCAUCCGUGCUGCCUCUCUCGCUGCCGGAAUUCCCUAUACAUCCGGCGCCUCGGCCGUCAGCCGAUUCUGCUCCUCCGGUCUUUACUCUAUCCAAGAUGUCGCCAAUCAAAUAUCCAACGGAUCCAUUGAGAUUGGUAUUGCCGUUGGCGCCGAGUCCAUGACCAAAGGCCCCACUGGAAAGCCCGCUCCAUUUGCGUCAGAAGUGCUCGCCAACCAGGAUGCGGCUGACUGCUCUCAGCCUAUGGGUCAGACAUCUGAGAACGUCGGUGCUGACUUUAACAUUUCCCGUGAGGCUCAGGACCGAUAUGCGGUUGAGUCUUUCCGUCGUGCUGAAGUGGCACAGAAGGCUGGACACUUUGUCAACGAGAUUAUUCCGAUUACCACAAAGGUAAAGGAUCCUAAGUCUGGAGAAGUUAAGCAGAUCACUGUAACGAAAGAUGAAGGCCCAAGAUACGGUACUACCUUUGAGGCAUUGAGCAAGAUUCGUCCGGCUUUCCCUCAGUUUGGUGACAGAACCACCGGUGGAAAUGCCAGUCAAAUUACUGAUGGAGCCGCUGCCGUCCUUCUCAUGAAGCGCUCAAAGGCCGAAGAACUCGGCCAGCCUAUUAUCGGCAAAUUUGUCGGCGCUACCGUUGCUGGCGUCCCACCACGCAUCAUGGGAAUUGGCCCGUCUAUUGCAAUUCCCAAACUCCUUUCAAAGUUCAACCUUCGCAAGGAGGAUGUCGAUAUUUUUGAGAUCAACGAGGCCUUUGCUUCCAUGGCUGUCUACUGUAUUAACACUCUCGGACUUGACCACGCUAAGGUUAACCCAUGUGGAGGUGCCAUUGCCCUCGGCCACCCACUUGGCUGCACAGGCACAAGACAGGUCUGCACCAUCAUGAACGAGGCAAAGAGACAAAACGCAAAGAUCCUAGUUACCAGUAUGUGCAUUGGAACUGGACAGGGAAUGGCUGGUCUGUUUGUUAAUGAACAGUAA